UGAUCAACAGACAAGUGGACCUUAUGAGGAUAUAACAUGACUUGAAUUCCUGCACAUAACUUCCUUGUUCUACCUUCAUAUAAUUAAAUCAGCUCUCUUUAUUUUGAAAAUGGAAACGCUAAGUGACGGAGUGUGAUCCUGCUUUUUCUCUUACUCAUAGUAAUAAAACGACAGAAGAAAUGGAAAUAGAGGUGAUUGACUUCAUCAUCCUGAUGGCCAUGUCAGGUUUGAUCAAAGGAGCUGGUGUGCUGCCAGAUGGUCCUCUGAACGCAGCUGUGGGAGAGACAGUGAUGUUCAACCCAACUCUGACUUCAUCAGAAACACUAUUUUAUGUGUCGUGGAUAUUUGGUGAUAAUAUAAUAAUUCAAUACAAUACCUAUGGUCCCAACAACACUGAUCCGGAGUACGAGGGCAGGAUCUUCAUAUCUAAUGGAUCUCUGGAGCUCAGGAACGUGACUUCUAAUGACAGUGGACAGUACAGCGUUAUCAUUGUUCGAGAUGGAGGAAAGAUAGCGGUAGGGGUCACAGAACUGGACGUUAAUGACGGCUCUGCAGGUCUUUCAGUUGGGGCCAUUUCUGGAAUAGUUAUCCUUUGUUUAGCAGCUUCUUCUGCUGGAGCAGGUGGAGGCUACUAUAUUUAUAAGAAAAAAAUCAACAAGAAAGCUACGCCCCGCCCAGAAAGUAACGUUAACGCUUCACACCGGCGAGCUGAGUGGGCGGAGCCUAAUUCUCCCAGAACGGACGUUGUUUGUACAACAGAACAAGAAGGAUCUGUGUACGAGAACACGAAAAACAUGUAUGAAAACUGAAAACUCAACAAUCGUCUAUUCCUUAAAAAGGCUACUUGAAAGACGAAGAGCUCCACAACAAGACGACAAAUUUAUCAGACACAACAUCGCUGUGACAGAACGUUGUAACCUCUCAUUCAUAAAUUCAGCCCGUCUGUGUUGUGAAGCACUUUGGAUCUUUGGGGCUUCCGUGCCCUCCAUCUGACGCAACGUCGUUACUAAGCAACAACACGUUGUUUGGCGGUCAGUUUUUGCGCGGUAUUUCCUUUCCCGCAACUAGUCAGAGUCAGAGCCAAUCAGAGCCAUUGUCUCUUAGAGAGUUUGUACAAAGUUUAAAAGUAACCACAUAGGUCCAGUCUACACAUCUCACAACUCUUUGCUGUUCUGGCUCAGGAAUAGUGGAAUGAGCUCUCUGAUGACAUCAGGACCGCAGAGAGCCUUCACAUCUUACAGGACACACCUCUUCAGACUAUGACUUGACUAAAAACACAAUACAAAUUCUAGCACUUAAUUUGUACCUAUAACGGCUCUUGUCUAUAACCAGCUGUAAAUAGGCUUAUUUAAUGAAAUUGCACUUUCUUGUUUCUUGUUCUUUUUAGUUUGUAUCCUUAUGGUUAAAAUGCACUUAUUGUAAGUCGCUUUGGAUAAAUCAGCUAAAUGACAUAUAAUGUAAUGUAACAUAAUGUUUCACUGCUUGAAUUGAUCAAAUUUCUGAUUAUGAGUAAUAGACAUAUACUGAUCCGCCCAUACACACACUUACACAUUUAACUUGUCUGUGAUACUUUGUCGGGCAGGGGGCAGUGUGAGUUUUUGCCUUGAUUAUUCAAUUCAAUUCAAGAUAGUUAAAAUAAUAAUAGAUAAAUAAAUCACAUAACAAUGACAAUUGAAAUAAAGCAUUGAAUGUGUCAAUUGAUAUUAAGAAACUAUGAUGUAUGUUGGUCUGUAUUCAAUAAACACUUUGUGUAGAUCCUCA